CUCAUUCCUCUAUAUAUUGUGACUCACCUAUCUGCUUCAGGAAUCAGGAUCCAUCGAUAUCUCACUACUUUCCUCGUUCAGAUUCCGACUCUCUCUCUCUCUCUCUCUCUCUCUCUCUGUUGAUACUUUCAGUUUCAGAGGCCUAAAGUAUCCAAAAUGCGCCGGUCUCAAUGCUGUGAAAAGGUGGGGUUGAAGAAAGGGCCGUGGACCCCUGAGGAAGACCAGAAGCUUUUGGCUUACAUCGAAGAACAUGGCAUUGGAAGCUGGCGAGCCUUGCCUGCAAAGGCUGGGCUGCAGAGAUGUGGGAAGAGCUGUAGAUUGAGAUGGACUAAUUAUCUCAGACCAGACAUUAAAAGAGGAAAGUUUAGCUUGCAGGAAGAACAGACCAUCAUUCAGCUCCACGCGCUUCUCGGGAACAGAUGGUCAGCUAUUGCGACUCACUUGCCCAAAAGAACUGACAACGAGAUCAAGAACUACUGGAACACGCAUCUCAAAAAAAGACUAACGAGGAUGGGCAUCGAUCCCAUGACCCACAAGCCCAAAAACGAUUCCCAGAGCUCCGGCGAUGGCAACUCCAAAGACACUGCCAAUUUAAGCCACAUGGCUCAAUGGGAAAGCGCGCGGCUAGAAGCCGAAGCCAGACUGGUAAGAGAGUGCAAGCUUGUGUCUACCAACCCUAUCCAACCACAACUCAACUCUCCGGCUCACCCGGCUCAGCUGAUCAGAAACAAAAACCUGGCUCAACUCGCACUACCACCAUGCCUUGACGUACUCAAAGUAUGGCAAGGGGUAUGGUCGAAGUCAACGAGUGGUAGCAUGUUCCCACUCGCCGGCGACGACCUCGAGUCUCCAACGUCGACGUUGAACUGCUCGGAGAACGCGCUCGCCAUCCAAACUCAAAAUGUUGAAUUCAAUGAAAGCACAGUGACAACAUUACUACAUGAUUUCGCCAAAAGCUCACCUACAUCAUGCAAUGGAGGGUUUAUCAAAGAAGUCUGUGAGCAAAUGCCGGAACUCAAAGAAAGAUCGGAUAUUGACACAAUGGGAUUGCAGGAUAUGACGUAUAAUAGUACGGAAAGUGCAUGGGUUGUGGACUCUUUUAGGUCUGGGAAUGAAAACAUGCCUCUCUCAAAUAUCAUGGCAGGUUUCACCGAUACAUUGGCGUAUAAUUAUUGUGAUGACCACAACUCAUUGAUCAACUUGGAUAAUGGAGAUAAAAGCUCCAGUGGAGACUUUGAGGACUGCAAUUAUAAGAAUUAUUGGAACAACAUGCUCAAUCUGGUGAAUGUUUGGUCAUCUGGUUCGCACGUGUUCUGAAAGUGUCGAUGAAUUGUCUGAGAGGUUGCAGGACAAUUAGGUGUUAUAUAUCUUGCAUGCAUUGCAUUACAAUGAAAUAAAAAGUCGGAGUUCAAAAUUACAAGUUAGUUAAUCACUACU